AUGUUUCUCAUUGCCAAGAUUGUACGUGGUCGACGGCUUUUACAUGAGCUCGAACAACAAGAAAAGGAUCAGGCCGUUCUCGAUGCAGCACAAGCAGCAGCAGCUUCUUCUUCGGGACAACAACAGUCUCGACAUCGAGCUAGUCGUGACGGAAAGGAAAAAGACGAGCGUGAUGAAGAGGGUCAAAAAAGACGGAGUUCACGUAAAAGUGUGAGAAGGAAGACGAAUGCAUGCGGAUCUAUUGACUUAACUCUGGCUGUAAAUGAUCGUAUGGCGAUGCGACGGACAAGUAGCAUGCCAAGCAUAUGCGAAACUCUGGAAGUUCCCAAACGCACGCCCACCUCUUUGAAACAUUAUGACUAUGAAAGUAAACUGAAUAAAAUGCAAAGGAGAUCGCUUCGUUUCACUUGGCAUCGCCUUCACACAAGGAAUGGAGGAAAACGAGUGGAAAACGUUUUUGAAGAGGUGUUUGAUCGGUUAGUUCGAGCGCUUCCCUGUGUAAGGGAUAUGUUUGCAACGCGGAUGUUUUUGAGCGCCAUGUCUCGAAAUGAGACAGCUUCAUUGAGAGAUCAUGCUAAGGUGACAGUAAAAAUGUUUGAUUUGAUAAUAAAGAAUAUGGAUGCUGAGCCCCACAAACGCACGGACACCGGCUUCCCUCUGGAUCCGAAAAUCAUAGGUCGUGCACAUGGACCGUUACGCCCGUACGGCCUUACUGGACAAUUUUGGGAAAAGCUGGGAGAGGUUAUAAUCGACGUCGUUCUUGGUCAAGAAGCUGUGCGAGAUUUGCCAGGAGCUGGACAGGCCUGGGUAAUUUUCACGGCCUGUUUGAUUGAUCAGAUGCGCGCCGGCUUUGAUGAGAACAAAGAAGCUUUUCCCAUCUUCCCUAAACGUGAGACUGUUCUACUCGCUGCCACUAAACAUCUCCACGAUACGGAAGAUUCGGAAGAACAGGAUGACAAAGAGCAAAAUACAAGCACAAGCACGGCUGUGCAGCAGCAAAGUACGUCCGUUUCGGCAGCUCAAGCAGCGAUUCAAAGACGGAAGUCUGAGGCAGACGGAUUGUUGGCAAAAAACAAACAAUGAAUUUCCGCAAAGAAGUGUCCUUAUCGUGUAUGUCAACAUAUUGUAAAAAAUGAAUAAAUUUUGUUUAC